AUGGCGGGCUCUCUGGCAUCUUCUCGCGCGACCCCGACUCGUGCGUCUCCUCCGACACCGCCACCGCGAAAAACAACGCCGCACAUGCGUCACACCAUGCGAAAGCCCCCAGCUAAGUCUGACGAUGAAGAUCCCAGAACCAGAUCACGACACCGGAAGAAGGCGCUGGGUAAGCUUGGACAGGGUCACAAGCACUACCAUCAUGAAGGAUCCAGAAAACGUUGGCGCGAGGAGAUCACUGCUCGCGAGCGCAAACGCUACGAAGGCUUAUGGGCCAGCAACCGAGGCUACUUACUGACGGGUCCGGAGGCGGGCUCAACAGUUCCCGCGGGGGUGGAUGCCGAGCAGUUGGUGGUCAACGUGGUGGUCCGCGACAUCUGGAUCCGCAGUCGCCUACCCCUGGACGAGCUAGGAGAGGUGUGGGACGUGGUCGAUAGACAGGGCAGAGGCUAUCUCGACAAGACGGAGUUCGUCGUGGGGAUGUGGCUCAUAGACCAGAGGCUCAGGGGUCGCAAGAUACCGCAGAAGGUCAGCCCCAGCGUGUGGGGGAGCGCACAGGGCAUGCAGGUUCUGGGACCGAAGUCGAAGAAGGAGAAGAAAGAAAAGAAAAAGAGAGAGAAGAAACUGCAUGUGAGCCACAUGCAUGUGUGA